AAUACAAAAAUAGGGUGUGUUAAAUAUACAAAGCCCGUACAGUACAAGCUUUCAUUUCUUGUGGACUAUUUUGUAUACACUCAUUAAUUGUCGUGGCUAGUGAUGGCAACAGGAGGAGCUUCUCCAACUUGGAGCACAUACAAUGGCAAAUAUAGAUACGGGGCAUCAGGAAAGAGGGAAGUGUUACUAAUCACGUCCAACUUCGCUACCCAAGAUGAUGACGUGAUACCAAGAAGGCCAGGGGGAGAGCUGAAAGAUGAUGAGACACGAAAACUGGAGAAUCAAGGUAUACCGAGAGACUGUCACCAUGACGACCUGAGCAUUAUGAAAGCAAGAUUUAGCCUAGACAAAACAGAGAUAAGCAUUGCUGAGAUAUUGAGAGAUGAUGGAUCUUUAACAUGUGAGCAGGUCACUAAGAAGAUAACACAGCUACAGAACAACACUGACACAUGUGGAGUUAUACUCUACUAUGUUGGCCCUGGCAAGAAGGGAACGGGAGAUUGGUGCUUCAGUGAUGGCUUCAUCAGCUUCAGGGAUAUAAUGCACCUCUACCUACAGAAUGCAUACUUCAAAGGACGCGUUCUCUCCAUCACCACUGAUUGCAGCUACUCUGGGUGUUGGGUGAAGGAGGCUAUGAGGUUCAUGGAUGAGCACGGAGUGGGACCUUGUGCACACGCUGCCAAGGAAAAGGGGAUCCUUGUUAAAGUGUACGCAUCAUGCCUGGCUAAUGAGAUUCCUGCUGAGCUAGCAUUCUCUGCUCGUUGUGUACAGAAUGAAAAGAACAUUGGAACUGUAUCCUACUCUCCCGAUACAAAGAUUCACGAUGGACAAUACACCAGUAAACUUAACUUCACUGUAGUUCGAUGCAAGAGAAAAAUCGACCAGCCUUGCACAAUGGCCCCUGGGUCAACCUGGCAACAGUGGAGUGCUGCAAAGAGAAUCAUGACCGUAAGAGACAAAGGUCGACCAUCAUGGCGCUACCUCCUGCUAGUGGAUGAUGAGGAAACAAUCAGGAAAUUCCAUGACAGAACACAGGAAGAGAAUGAAGGUGAGAGCAGUGCUGAUGUAAGUUAUUAUGGCCAGAUUUUAAAGAGUGGGUGGGGCCAGGAGCCAUCUGAAGAAGCGCAGAAAUGGAUCAAAGAGCAUUAUCAUGUGAACUAUAACUAUCAGGCACCAUCUGAAGAAGACUGACAUGUACCACAAAGUACACUACUAACACACAGCUUAUAAUUGUUGCUACAUAACAAUUAUGUUCACCAUGUAUGUUUGGUUCGUACAUACACACACGCUUGCUGCUACAUAUAGAG